AUGACCAAGUCUUUUUCUCACAAGCUGGGCCAAGGUGGCUAUGGUGCUGUUUACAGAGGCAACAUGCCUGAUGGUCGUGAGAUAGCUGUUAAGAUGCUGAAGGGCAUGGAGGACGAUGGAAUUGCACGAGGAUUGGAGUACCUCCACACAGGAUGCAACGCCCGCAUUGUGCAUUUCGAUAUUAAACCCCACAACAUUCUGCUAGAUCAGGAUUUCUGUCCAAAAAUAUCAGAUUUUGGAUUAGCUAAGCUGGGCCAACAAAAGGAGAGUAGAAUCUCCAUUGCCGGGGCAAGAGGCACUAUAGGGUACAUAGCGCCUGAAGUAUUCUCAAGAAACUACGGACCAGUGGGCAGCAAGGCUGAUGUGUACAGUUACGGCAUGGUGGUCCUUGAAAUGGUCGGAGCAAGGAAGAAAAUUGAUGUCAGUACAGACGACAGCAGCAGCAAGUAUUUUCCGCAAUGGUUGUAUGAAAACUUGGAUCAGUUCUGUGGCCCCACAACUAGCGAGAUCAGCAGCAGCAGCGACACCGCGGAAGUGCUCGUGAGGAAGAUGAUCAUAGUUGGCUUGUGGUGCAUACAGUCCAAACCGGCCGAUCGGCCUUCCAUGGGCGAAGUCCUUGAGAUGUUGGAGAGCAACGCUGCUGACCUGCAGUUGCCACCUAAGGCCUUUUGGACUGGUUAUUAA